AUGGCGUCGCACGCGGAGGACCAGUCGUCGGCUCUAUCGAUGGAGUCGGGCGAGAAGAUCAUCGUCGCAAUCGAGGACGAGUGGAACGUGUGGCCGUCGGUGCGCCAGAGCUUCGAGUCGCGCCUACCGCUGAAGAAGCUACAGCUGCACAACCGCGCGCGCAAGGCGGUGGACCUGGACCGGCUGCCGCUGGAGUACGUGCUGACGUCCGAGCCCAAGCUGCGCAGCCGCCCGCCCGUCAAGAACAACCCGCACUGGUUCCGCCACCCCUUCGCCACGCUCGUCCUCCUCGCCUGCCAUGACCCGGACGAGUACCGGGUGAGUCUGCGCGCGCGGCUGCAGGCGCUGGUGAAGGCGGAGCAGGGCGAGUGGCUGAUCGUGCACGUGAUGCGCGCAGGGCCCAACGACCCCGCAGGCAAGCAGGCGCGCAAGGUGUUUGCGCGCAUUGAAGACCACUUCCGCCGCGACAGGUGUGUGCGGCUGGAUCUGAGUGCAGCGGAGCCCAACUACAUGGAGGUGGAGGGCAAGGUGGUGGAGUGCAUCCGAGCCAGUGUGGACGCGCGCACGCUGCACUACUCUGAGGCCGUGCGCCGCCUGCUCGACCAGCGCCUCUCGCCCUCCUUUAACUUCUGCGCCUACUACACUGAUAAGGAGAGUUUGGCGCUGAUGGCGGAGAUGGCGCAGUUGAGGGACGAUGCGUUGAGGGACUAUGACGAGAUGGAGCAGGUCUACCUCGACACAGUGCGGCGGGCGGACAGCAAGGUGCGGGAGUUUGGGGGGUUGGACGUGGGGGAUGAGCGGGCGGCGCUGCUGGACGCAGGGCGCAAGCCCAUGAAGAUGUUUGCCCACGAGGAGACCAUCAAGCAGUUCGACUUCCGCCAGUACCUCUUUGCCCGCCGCGCCGCUCUGCUGUUCGCCAUGGGGCGGCCAGCAGUGGUGGCGGACAGGGCGUACGCGUUCAUCCUCGACUUCUCCAAGGAGCUCGCUGCCCGCCAGCGAGAGCUACCGUUCUGCAUGAGGGAGGUGUGGGUGCUGUCAGCGUGCACGCUGGUGACGACGGUGUGUGCGGAGCGCUUUGCCCCGCGGUCACCGGGGCACUACACGGAGAAGGACUUCUUCCGCCUGCAGGGCGACCUCAUCUCCCUCGCCCGCUCCAAGUUGAUGCGCCUGGGCGACCUCGUGGGCUUUGGCAAGUCCAUCCGUGUCACGCCCUGCAACAUGGCGGCAUUGGGGCUGAGUGCGUGGCCAGCGCCAGCGGUGUGGCCGUCAGCGCCCUCGGAGUCUGACCCACGAGUCAAGGCCCGCGAGGCAGUGAUUCAGGAGAUGCAGGGGGCGGGGGCAGCGAGGGGGGAGGCGAGGCUGUGCGGGGUGGGGCCGUGCAGCCUGGUGCAGGAGGCCAACCGCCGCAAGGCCUCGCUCACUGCCGGCAUGCCCGGGGGGCUCUGGCCCGACUCCUCGCCCUCGCGCCCCACCGACCCCUCCAGGUCGGACAGCAGCACCCCGCCAAAGCAGCGGCCGGGCACGCCGCCAGGGGGCGCGGGGGCGAAGAUGCUGUCACUGGCGCAGGUGCAGGUGGCGGCUGCCAGCGCGCUGGAGGCCUUUGUCACCUCGGGCAUGCUCAAGCGCGCUCUCUCCUCGCGCGAACACUUUGAGGACUUUUAUCUGGAGUUGACGCGGUCAGCAGCGGACUGCUACGCGCGCUCGCUGUGGCUGCGCCAUGCUGUGGCCCUGGACGCGGAGGUGGGCAGUCUGCACGAGGCGGCAGGGCGCUUUGACCUGGCGCUCAAGGUGUACGAGAAGCAGAACGCCGCGUACAGCGCAGCGCGGUGGCACCACCUGCUGCUGGACCUCUUCCCGCGCCUCUCGCACUGCCAGCUGCUCAUGCGCGACCUGCCCGCCUUCCUGGGCUCCUGCACCAAGCUGCUGUCGCUGGGGCCCUCCCUCGUGCCCGCGGACGAGCGCAGCAAGGUGCAGCGCCAGAUGGUGGAGGUGGCGCGCUCGCGACUGGAAGAACCCGUCUCUGUCGACGUCUCCUCCCUCCUCUCCUUCUCCCUCGCCCCCCACACUCCCGCGCCCUCUGCAUCGCCUGCUACCUCGCCUGCUGCCGCUGCGCCAGCGUCCCCAGCAGGCAGGGCGGGCAGCAAGGCGUUGGAGCUGGGCGAGGGGGACGUGGUGUCGCUGUCCCUCGCUGUCUGGAGCUCCAUGCCUGCCCCCCUUGCACUGGACUCGCUCGUUCUCUCCCUUGUCACCCCACCUCUCUUCACAGCAGAGGACGGUAUCAGGAUGAAGAGUGAGCCAGCGCCAGUGGUGCUGCAGCCGGGGGCCAACACGGUGCAGGUGGUGGCGGUGGCGAAGCGGCAGGGCGUGUACGUGCUGGGCAUGCUGAUGGGGCACUGUGGGCGCGUGCGCUUCCGAUCCAGCUCCGCCACCAUCAAGGGCGGCCCACCCGAGGCCGAGGACUACCUCACCUCCGAGCGCACUCUGCGCACCGUGCUCAAGGUGUCACCAUCACGCCAUCUGUUGGACAUGGCACCGGUGGUGGAUCAGCCAUUGCUGCUGGGCGAGCCACAGUGGCUGGGGCUGCUGCUGCACCCGCUCUCCUACUCCCUCGCGGGCUCGCUCCUCAGACUAGCAGGCGGGCCCGGCCUGCUGCUGCCGCCCAACCAGACCGUCGAGUGCCAGCGCUUGCCGCCCGCAUACCCCUCCGCGCUGCGCCAGCCAGGCAAGCACAAGGCGGGCGACGGGGAGGUGCCGGAGGGGGGCAGCGAGGCAGUGGCGAUGGUGGCAGGGUCGCUGCACCUGCCGUCGUGGUGCGCUGACUGCCCCACUGUCGUGUGGGUGCAGGCCUGCGCCUUCCGCGACCGCCCCUCGCCCCCUGUGCUCGUGCCUGCUGCCUCCUCGCCUUCCUCCUCCCCCACCAGCUCCCAGCAGCGGCAGCAGGCGGGGGGAGCGGAGGGCAUGUCAUCAUCAGCAUCUUUCUCCUCCACGGACUGGAACAGCAGCAGCAUCGGCAGCGUGAGCAGCAGGAGCAGCAGGGACGGCAGCCCGUCAGGGGACAGUGCACCGCAGCAGGCCACGGGAACAGGCGGGGCGAGGGGGCAGGCGGGGGCGGCGUCAGUGGCAGCAGUGCGUGUGGUGCGGUGUGUGGUGGAGUAUGGCACGCCUCGCAGCCGUGUCUUUGAAAAGGUGUUGACGUUCCAGUUCGUGGAGCCCUUCCACGUGGCCACCAGAGUCGUCAGCAGAGGGGCCGAUGGUGCCAGAAUGCUGCUCCAGAUGUCCCUGCACUCCAAUCUGCGCUGCACGCUGCGCAUCGCCUCCGCCUCGCUGCGCCUGCAGCCCGGAUUCUCCCUCCUCUCCACCGCCGCUGCUGCCGCCUUCACCACCUCUGCUGCCGCCGCCUCUGCCCUGAGCCCUUCCGCUCCUGCUCCACUGCUGGACGUGGGGCCGCUGCUCUCAGGCACGCUGCUCUUCACACUCUCACUGCGACCACCGGGGGAAGCGCCCGCUGCUGCCUCUAAGGCUGCUCCAAGAACAGCGGCGCGCCUUCAAGUGCCUGACGGGCAGGCGGGGGGAGAGGAGGGCGAGAGGGAGGGGGGCGUGGAGGGCGUGAGUGAGCUGCGCGUGCACUACGAGGUGCAGGGCGAGCGCCUGCACGGCGCCCACACGCCCGUCGCCACACCGCUGUGGGCGCGCACGAGAGGAGGCGAGGGGGCACGCUUGGGAGGUGGCGCAGACGAUGUGGGCGUGGGGCAGAGAGAAGAUGGGGGAGGACAGGCGGUGGUGGAGGGGGAGGAGGGGAGGGGGGUGAGCGGGGGUGUGGUGCCAGUGUACCGGCAUGCAGUGGUGCUGCAGAUGCCUGUCACGGACCGAGUGCUGGCGGUGGGGCUGCUCACGCCAGCCAGUGCAGUGAGCAUCGCCCCGCGGGUGGGGUGUGUGCUGGUGCUGGAGUGGCGCAUUGAACGCCUCAUAGACGGCCUCCUCCCGCCGCCCUCGCACCAGCAGGAGGCGUGGGAGGGAGGGGAGGGCGAGGAGGUGGAGUUUGAGGUGCGGGUGAGUGGGGACGACUGGAUGAUAGCGGGGCGGCGCAAGGGCUUUCUGCGCCUGCCCUUGGGGCGCGGGGCCAAGCACCUGCUGUCGCUGCACUGCCUGCCGGUGAAGUCGGGCUUUGUGCGUCCCCCCGUGCUGCACCUGCCCCAGAUCAACCCCGACACCAUCAGCCACUCCCCUGCCGGCCCACACCUGCUGCGAGUGCUGCCCCAGGAGCCCUGUGCCUCCUUCUGUGUCUCAAAACGAGUGUGA